UAGUAUAUGGUACAGUGUCAGUGUCGUUGUUGGCCCCGAGAUAGAGUACUCACACUUCUCAGUAAAGUGCGAAUCGCACACAAGCCGUGUGCUGUUGAAGUCAGACUGAAUUCUACCUGGAUUAGCAUGGCUGUAAAGCUGCAUCCUUAGACUCAGGAUUGACUGAUCUGUGUAGCAAAGCAAGGAAACUUGUGGAGGCCUCAGGCAAGAUGGCUAUGCGUGAGUUGGUGGAUGGGGAAUGCGGGACAGCUAAUCCAUUGAUGAGGCUGACGCAGCAUUAUUCCCAGGAUAAAUCACUUCGGCAGGAGGGGUUGAGGGGGGCAGCCAGCCGGCCCUUUGACCCAGCCGCAGCAGCACGGGGCUUCCUUGAUACACCGGAAAAUGAUCUUGUCAAUGAGUUCAUGGUGGACCAGCAACGGCACAUGGGACCUCCCCAGACAUUCCACAUGGAUGCCUUGCUACAAGAAAUGCGAGCGAUUGAAGAGUCUCACAUACGACACCCACCCAUACAAGCUCCUGGGGUUGCAGACCUAGCAUCUCAUUCUGAGUGGGCGGAUGAGUUCCUGGUCUCUGAACAACGUCGAGCCGAGGAGAUCGUGGAUGACAGGGAGGCUGACUGGACCCGAGACUUUAUAGCCAGCCAGGAUGGUGCGGUUGGCACAGAUGUCAUACCUUCGUCAUCAGACACAAAGUGGGCACAGGAGUACUUGGAGCAAUCUGAACAUCAACUCUGGACUGAGGAAUUUACAAAACCAGAAGAUGAAAAAUGGGCCACAGAGUACCAGCAAGAGGCAGACUCGGACAUUGCUAGGACAGCCAGUCAGCUCAUGGGAACACUGGACGAUCCCAAGUUUGCCAACACAGAGUUUGUCAAAUUUGUCAAGAAGCUGGGGGAUGGGGAGGUGAAGAUUGAAGGGAAUGAGGUCAAGACUAAAGAGGGCGCUCCAUACGACCCACUGGCCGAACAGUGGACGUCUGAUUUCGUGAAUGAGAAGCAACUCCUUUCGGACAACUGGGCCAAGGAAUACACUGCAGAGAACACGGUGCCCUCAGAUGCUGAUUUCUGGGACCGACUCCAGAAGGAGUGGGAGGACAUGGGACCCUCUGAGGACCACCCUUGGUUGUCAGAGUUCAGCGGGAGGCCCGUCAAAGAACCGGAGUACAAGUUUGAGGAUGAGAAUCCCCUUUUGGAUCAUCCUAGUCCCUUUGAAGAGGGUCUCAAUCGGCUGAAAGACGGAGACUUAGCUAAUGCCAUACUGCUCUUUGAAGCCGAAGUGAAGAAGAACCCAGAUCAUAUGGAGGCAUGGCAAUACUUAGGAACAACUCAAGCAGAGAAUGAACAGGAAAAUGCCGCAAUUGCAGCUCUCAGAAAAUGCAUUGAGCUGAAGCCAGACAACCUGACAGCCUUGAUGAGUCUUGCAGUCAGCUACACCAACGAGUGCAUGCAGAACAGGGCCCUGGAAACACUGCUGGACUGGCUGGGGGCCAACCCAAAGUACAAGCAUCUGAUUGGGGACGAGGCCAAAGGGGCUGAGAGUAGGAUAGAUGCAAAGACAUCAUCGUUUCUGUCAAGUGCCUUGCAUGGCCACGUCAAGGACCUGUUUAUACAGACCGCUCGCAUUUCCCCUAAUGACGUGGAUGCUGAUGUGCAGUGUGGACUUGGCGUUCUUUUCAACCUGUCACAAGAAUAUGACAAGGCUGUGGAUUGUUUCAAAGCUGCUCUGUCGGUCAGCCCAAAGGAUGCCCUGUUGUGGAACAAGCUUGGAGCCACACUAGCCAAUGGCAACCGUAGCGAGGAAGCCGUGGAUGCCUACCACCGUGCUCUUCAACUGUACCCAGGCUUUGUCCGAUCCCGCUACAACCUUGGCAUUAGCUGCAUCAACCUGGGAGCUCACAAAGAGGCCAUUGAGCACUUCCUAAUGGCACUCAACAUGCAGCAGCGUGGCAUUGGUCCUCAAGGGGAGAGAUCAGCUAUGUCACAGAACAUCUGGAGCACCCUACGCAUGACCAUCUCCCUCCUGGGCAGAACCGACCUCUACAAAGCUGCCGAUGAGCACAAUCUGGCCCUGCUCAACAGCGAGUUCAAUGUGACACCCGCCGCCACAUGACUUGGAACUAUAUACCACUCUGGCCAUUACCCCAGGCAGACCAACUGCUUAAAGUGCCGUAAUGCUGUCUGUAUCAAAAUUCCAGGCAUGGCACUCUGGUGGUAGUAUUUUUAAGAGGGCAUUGAUUGUUAUUAAAAUUCUAUUUUUUGAGAACUGAAAAGCAGUGUGGAAUGAUCCAUCUUGUAGUGAUCACUGUUGGGCUGAUUUGAUAUAGGACUUGCUCUUAAUUGAUAAAAUCAAGUAUACAUUGGUCUAUAGAUCAUUUUAAUACCUCAAAGAUCUUGUUGUUGUCCAAGGUUCCCAGUGGGACAUUUUUGAGACGCUUGGUGGUGGCAAAUACCCGGGUCCCACAUGAUCAGUCCACUAUCAGUUGCACCAGUUUGAGCAUGGGCAACAUUUAGCUCAGCGCUGAUGCAAACAAUAGUCGACUGGUCACAUAGGGUGGAUUGGGGCCAGUCUGUUUGCCUCCAUCAACGGUCUCAAAAGUCUGCCACUGGAAUCAUUACUAUCCCCACCAGGAGAAUACCUCACAACAGUGGCAAGGUUUUAGUAUUCUGUUGGGUAGUAUGUCUGAUAAUGACCAAAUGAUCAAUAUUUAAUUAAACACUUCAAAGUUGCAGUAACGAGGUACACAGUUUUCCUGGUUUCAUGAUGCUGAACUAUAUAUAUGUAUGUAUGCUCUUAAGGGGAGAUUGCAGUUCAAGCGGAAAAUUAUAGCCAGAUAAGUCUUUUUCAAGUGCCCGUCUUUGCACAUCAGAUUUACACCCAUCCUCACAUGCACUCAACUUCAUUAGACUGUAGACAGCAUAGAAGCUAUCAACAUCAGCAUCUCAAGACUACCUGUCAUUUCACAGAUAACCCAGCAUAUUGAUACUUACAAUCCUUGGUUUCAGUUGACAAACCAUAAUGUGGUGCGUCCAUGCACAGGUGCUGAAGGCCAGAUUCUUGCUUUGAUUUCCUACAUUUUUGCAAAUUAAUUAAUUUUAUGCCUGAAAAAAUAUUAGUGAAAUAAUUGGUUGUAUAUUUUGAAACAAGACGCUGUUCCGCUUGAUCAGGGUACAUGUAAUUCUGCCAUACUUGAAUUGAGGCAAACUUUAAAUCUUUCAAUACGGCACCUUCCAUAUGUCACUUGAGUAUUUUUGCUAGGAUCAGUAAUGCAAAGCUGAGGAGUAUCUUGAUGAGUAGUGUAGUAUUGCUUACUCAAAUAAGAUAAAUAAACAUUGGACAAUUUAAUUCGGUGCUUCCGAAAGCGGAUCUUAAUCUCCAUCAUACAAAGGUUACCAACGAACCACUAAAUGCGACAAUAGGGUGUAAAACUCAAUGUGAUUGAUUCACAGUCUGCCCAAACAUAAGAGUUCUCAUUCUGUGUCAUUUCACUUUAUAGAGUUCAUUGUAUUCGUUACUCUAGAUUCAUCAGGCAGUCAUGCAAAUUCAGUACGACAUGUUGCAGAGACAUUUAAACAAGACAAAAAAUCUAGAAUCAAUCCAUUAGCACUUCCUCUCAGACUGUAUGCAACUGAGGUCCUUCAGUUGCUUACAAACAGCAUUUCUUAUAAUAAAAUUAUAUAACACUUGAAAGUCUGCAACAUGGGAAAAGCUCCCUGUAUCAUUCAAAUUUCUUAGUUUUAUAUCAAUGUAUAUGGUGAACAGCUACAUGCAUGUAGUCGGACCCACAAUACCGAUACAAUUACUCUUAUGCCAAUUUGCAAUGGAUUGUUUUAUUCACUGAGGAAAACAAGAAAGGGUGUACAGAUAUGUAUAAUAAAUUUAUGCGUUUGCAUUGUUGAUUUCAG